AUGGGCGGCAUGGCGGCCAUGGGCUGGUCAAUGGCCGCGGCCAUCGGCGUGAAACUGGGCCGCCCCGACCAUCUGGUGUUCAACGUGCUGGGAGACGCCUCUUUCGGCAUGGUUGGCAUGGAACUGGAAACCGCCGUCCGGAUGAAGCUUCCGACGCUAACUGUGGUGCUGAACAAUGGCGGCACUGGCGGAGGGCUGAUGGCCAUGGCCCGCGAGAAUGCCGCGCCGCCUCCAAUGGCCGAGUUGGGCGGUAAUUUCUCCAUGGUCGCUCAGGGCCUUGGCGCUUACUCCGAGCGAGUUGAAGACCCGGCAGAGCUGCAGGACGCCUUCCGCCGCGCCAUUGCUGCCACCGAGAACGGCCAGGCCGCUCUGGUGGAAGUCACAAUCCGCCCCAUGCCGACGCCGGAGACGCCCGAGGACUGGACGCUGUAG